AUGACGUUCAUAGGUCACUUUUACCGGCUUAACUACCAAUUGAACUUCCGACUUAUCAAGUUAUAUGCUGAAAAACGAUCUUCUGCUUUACAUAGUUAUACAGAAAAUCAUAGAUCACUGAACAUAAAGAACAAUUUAUUGAAAAAUAUCGUUUUCCUGUUAGAUUCUUCAAACAGCGAGGGAGCUGCCAAUUUUGAAAAACAGAAAGAUUUCGUCUCGACGUUCGCUAAUUCACUUGUCAUUGGCCCCGAUGAUAUACAGAUAAGUGUAGUCACAUUCGAAUCUGACGUCCAUAAUCAGUUUAACCUUGACACCUAUGAAAAUAAAACUGACCUCGUAGAUGCUAUUAGGAACAUUUCCUUCCAAGCUGGUAAUACACUGACAGACAAAGCCCUUAACUAUGUUCGAACUGUCAGCUUCUCAAACUCCUCUGGCGAUCGAGAGAAUGUGGACAAUAUUCUGGUCGUUUUGACUGAUGGUCGUUCCACGGACAGAAACAGCACUAUGGACGAGGCCGAAAUGCUCCGCAACACGUCGACCAAAGUCAUCACAAUCGGAAUCGGAGCCGACAUCGACGUCUCAGAAUUAAAUGCUAUUGCCUCUGAUUCAUCCAAUGCUUUUACUGUGCCUGAUUUCGAUGCUCUUGCCGGUAUCCAGAACUCCAUAUCUGCUCAAGCCUGUGUCAUUACAGUUAUACCAACCACACCAGAACCCACCACACCUACUACUACUGAACCACCCUGCUUCAACCGUGUGGCCGACAUUGUAUUUUUACUGGAUUCCUCUAACAGUGAGGGGGCGCAAAAUUUUGAAUUGCAAAAGAAUUUUGUGAGAAAUUUCGUUACAAAAUUUGUGCCAAAACUCGGCGUGGACGGUGUUCAGAUCAGCUUAGUGUCCUUCGAGUCUAAUAUCCAUAACGCCUUUGAUCUAAAUGAGUAUGAGAACGCCACUGACAUUUUAGAUGCAAUUCAAAACAUUACAUUUACUCCCGGCAAUACCCUGACCGAGAACGCACUGAAAUUUGUCAGAGAACAUAGUUUCACGAAUACAUCCGGCGAUCGACCAGAAGCAAACAACAUUCUCGUGGUUUUAACUGACGGCCAAUCUACGGACAGAAACCAGACUGAAGCUGAGGCAAACGCCCUUCACAAUACAGAUACAAAAGUCAUUACCAUAGGAAUUGGAGCCGGUGUAGAUGAUACAGAACUAAACGAAAUUGCAUCACAACCUGACCUUGUCUUUACUGUUCCUGAUUUCAAUGCUCUCAGCACUAUUGAAUCUCAAAUUGGACGUUCAGCAUGUGCCACAAAACCCUGUAAUGUCACAAAGGCCGACAUAGUGUUCCUUCUGGACACUUCAAAUAGUCUUGGAGCGGUCAACUUCGACCGCCAGAAGCAGUUCGUUGAAGAUGUGGUCAACGCUUUGGACAUCGGUCCAGAUGACACUCAAGUUGCUAUUACUACAUUUCAAACAGUUAUACAAAACGUGUUUCAGCUGAAUGAAUAUCCAAACAAAAGUGACAUGAUCAACGCGAUUCAAAAUAUUCAGUUUUCACCUGGAAAUACAUAUACAGACAAAGCACUGAAAUAUGCCAGAGAGGUGAUGUUCCAAACAGCAAAUGGAGACCGACCGACUGUUCGAAAUGUUCUUAUAUUAAUGACUGAUGGCCAAUCUUCUGACCACAACGAGACGAUGGUACAGGCCAUGGACAUUCACACGUCGACCAACAUUGAUGUCAUAACCAUUGGCGUCGGCAAUAAAAUCGACACUAACGAAUUACAGGCGAUAGCUUCCGAUCCACUGUAUGCAUUGUCGGUUGACGACUAUUCGAAACUAAAUACUAUCCUGGCAGAUAUUGGCCUUCAGACCACUGGAUGCAUUAAUUGUAACAGAACAGUUGCCGAUGUGUUAUUCCUUGUGGAUUCUUCGUCACACGUUAGUCUUGAACAUUUCCAACAGGAAAAAUCUUUUAUUUCUGAGAUAGUGGAACAGUUUAACAUCGGUUUGGAAGACGUGCAGGUAGCGUUUGCUACAUUUUCAUAUGAAGUCCAUAACAGUUUCUUCCUAAACAAAUGGUACAACGUCAGUAAUAUCGUUGAGGAGAUUAUGAAAACGGACCAUUCAUCUGGAGACUCGAUUCCAAGCUUGGCACUUACCUUUUCCGAAUCAGUUUUCUUGCCUGAAAACGGUGAUCGGCCUAACGCAACUGAUAUUGUGGUUUUGAUUGGCACCGGAGAAUCCGCAGAUUCUUCAAACAUUGACAAGGAAGUCCAGCGUCUCCAGGAUAGGAAUAUUACCGUAAUCACACUUGCUUUGGGCAAUUUAACUACACUUCAGAAUGAAACAUCUGGUCUGUCUUCUUCAAUUAAAGGAAUGAUUGAUCAAUUUUCUGGAUUAAUUCCCUGUCCCACUUCACCUGUUUGCAAUAAAACUGUGGCUGAUGUCCUGUUCCUCGUGGAUUCGUCAAACAGUGUCAAUGGCACAAGGUUUGAGACCGAGAAGAAUUUCACAGCCCAAGUAAUCAAACAAUUUAAUAUCGGCCCCGAUGACGUUCAGAUCGCAUAUCUGACAUUUGAAACCUUUGUGCAUCCCCAAUUCGGAUUCAAUACUUAUAACAACUCAGCUGAUGUUCUUGAGGCUGUCUUUGCUACUAAUUACACACCCGGAAAUACAUAUACCAAUCUCGCUCUGCAAUAUGCUCUAGACAAUGUUUUCAUACCGGAAAAUGGAGACAGGGAAAAUGUUACGGAUAUAAUCAUUCUAAUGAGUGAUGGCCAAUCAACAUUCCCAGAACAAACCGCAACAGCAGCCGAUCAUAUCAAAGAUAAGAAUGUAACUAUAGUAACAUUUGCCAUUUCUGAUGCCUCAAAUGCGCAGGGCUUGACUGAGUUGCAGGAAAUUGCGUCACCAUCAUAUGCCGUAAAUACGUCAUUUGAAGGGCUCAUUUCCACAGUCAAUGGAUUAGUUGACGUUAUUACUGGACUAACCUGUCCCACGCCCGCCUGCUUUGCGCCAGAAGCGGAUAUAGUAUUUUUGAUGGACUCAUCAAACAGUCUUGGGCCAGCCAAUUGGGACUUAGAAAAGGAGUUUGUGAAAAAUCUCAUCGAUGAUCUGAAUAUAGGACCAAAUAAUAUGCAAGUCAGUGUCGUGACAUUUGAAUCAAACCCUGCGCUUCAGUUUUACUUAAACGAACAUGAAAACAAAAACGAUGCAAUAGAGGCCGUUAGAAACAUUUCGUUUCACACCGGAAACACAAUGACGGGAAAAGCUUUGCAAUUCGUGCGUGAUGUCGUGUUUGUGGAAGAUGUCGGCGAUCGUCCUAAUGCGAAUAACAUACUGGUCAUUCUUACCGAUGGAAAAUCCAGUGAUUCCCAGGAGACCCUUGAACAAGCAGCUUUAUUGAAAAACGACAGCGUGAAGAUAUUCGCUAUUGGAAUUGGUCUAAAAGAUGAUGGAAUAUCUGAAUUGGAAUCUAUUGCUACAGACAAAAAUCAUGUUUUCCAGACUCCGGAUUUCUUCGCACUUCCUUCCCUUAAAUCUGAAAUUGAACUCACAAAAGUUGAUUGUAAUUCCACGACACUGCCACCAGCCACAACAACUCCAACGACUACGCCCUCAACCACAACGUUUCCAGGCAAGUAA